AUGAUUUACCAUCCUGGAGUGAUUGGAGAGGAAGAUACGGUAACGGCAAGUGUGAGGAAGGCGAAUGGUCAGUCCUUUUGGAAUUCAGCAAUUUCGGUUUGCAGCGAUGGCAAAUGCGAGCGUUACGGUGAAGGCGCCUAUGAAAACAAGUACGAAAACGAGAUGAAUUGCCCUGUAGACUGCAAACUCGACCACAGAUGCGGCAACGGGAAGUCUGAAUCAACUGAAAGUUGCUUCACGUGUCAAAAAGAUUGUGGCAAGUGCAAGUCUAUCUGUGGAGACGGUGUAUGCGAUUCUGAUAAGGAGGGAUGUGGGUCUUGUCCUAGAGACUGUGGAAGAUGCGACGACAAGAAAGGUGAUGGUGUAUGCGCCUAUCCGUUGGAAAGUAUCUGCAGUGAUGACUGUGAGACUGAAACGAAAAAGGGCAAAUAUAAAAAAGUGGAUGGUAUCCGCUACAAGACACUGCUUAACGCAAGGCCCAGCAGCCAGGGUUAUGCCGACAGUAGCUGUGAGAAUGGACGUAGAGAUGUGCCGAAAGCUGGCAAGUGGCAUCCAACAAUGCACGCACCCGAAAAGCAGCGCGACAAAACUACUUUCAGACGGGUUGCUUGAUCACGGCCGACGGCACAGCGCUUCCGACCAAAGGCACUACCUACAACUGUGGCUCAGUACCCCUCAUAAUAACAAC